AUGAUCCACUCUUAUAGAUUAUACUCAUUUCUUUUUAAAACUAAUGUCCCUUAUUCAAUUAAUACCGUUAGACUUAAUCUACUAAAAACAACACUUACACAAAAUGUUUCCUUUUAUUCAUCCAGAAUAGAACAGGAAGGUGAUAACUCUAGUCUCGAUGUUGAUUCCUGUUCAAAAAAUAAUCACAAACGAUUCAAAUCAAGGAAUUACUUAGGUAGCGCAGAGAAAUCUCCCACAAAUUCAUCUCACAGCUCCACAAAUGAAGACCAUUCCUCAGAAAACAACAUAACUACUCUAUCAGACUCUGAAGAUUGUCUAGUUGACGCUGAAAUUAGUGGAUUAGCUUCGCCAUUUUCAGCUAUGUGUUGGCAUAAAGGGCCAUAUUCCGAUUAUUUUUCGAACUAUAACUCAAAUCAUGUUUCACCAACGAAUGAUGAAAAUGAUUAUACAAAUAAUUUUAGAAGGAAUGAAAUAUCUACACAACCUAAUCUGGUAGAUGAAAUGGAACAUUUAUUGUCAAUUGAAAGGAAAGAAAAGGACAGAGUUAGAUUAAUUUUGGAAAAAAAUAAACCUUUAAAAAUAGAUCAACAAAUUAGAGACAAAAAGCUUUCAAGCAAGGUUUCAACACUUAAAUUGUUGUCGAUUUCUUCAAGGAUAGCAUCUAGAAGACCAGCCAGCGCCAAACCUCAGCUUGAUAUAUCAGAAUACUUUAAGGAGAAGAGGUACCAAAAACUGUUAUUAAAGGACACAAAUAACUCAUAUAAGAACAGAGAACAUAAAAAUAACUAUAGGAAAGAAACAAACAUUGAGACUAUACGAGUUUUAGACGUCGACAGGUUACCACUACCAAUACUACAUCACAUGUUAUGCUACACAUUGGUUAAGAACAUUCCUGCUGAAAACGUCUUGAAGAUAAUCUCAAAUAUUGCAAGUUUAAGAGACAAAAAUAAACAUAUUUGUUAUCAAAAUCUAUUUAGACUAGUAGUUUUGAACUCCAGCCCAAUCUGUGCUCCUGAAAUAAUCGCAACGUUGACCAGGUCCUAUCAGAGCAUAAGCAUACCUUUAAUGGUAGACUAUGUUAGGAAAUACGGUACUUUCUCAAGAAAGUUCCUUUCAAAUUUAAUUAGUAGGUAUUCAGACCCAUUUCCUCUUGAUUUUCUAAGGUAUGCGAGUCACUCCAGAAACUUACCAAUGAUUUUAACAAGGCCUUUCUCGCUAAUCAGUUACGUUAACUUGUUGAAAAAUUGCUCUGCAAAACGAUUCAUGUACCUAAGUCUUUUGAAUUACGGACAUGUACCAAAUACUCAAAAGUUUGACAAAAUUCAUGCAUACGGAACAAUGGAUUACAAGUUAAGUGAGGAAAUUCUGUCCUUUGAGAAGUUACUUGAUGACAAUGUUUUAAUAUCUGACAACAAGGAGGACCCGAACAGGCCGAAGAUUUACGACAAAAUUCUUGAGCUUCAACAUUCUGGUGAAUCAAAUUUGGAGGAUUUGGAACUCGACCCUCAACCGCAUGAACCCACAUCAACUAGUUUACAAUUUAUCAAAGUGCUAGAUCAACAUCAAAAUACUUUUAACGAUACUCAUCACACCCAGGGUUCCAAUCAGGUAUACAAGGACAUCGAUGACAGUAUUCCAACCGAUGGUAGUAAUGUAUCUUGGUCCCUGCCUUGGGGACUCAAAAGGGAUUCUUUUCACUACAGAGGGAAAACCUACAAGCUGGACCCCCAACGUGGCUGGAUAGGUGUAAAAUCUAGCGUGAGAAUAAACUUUCUAAAGAACGUGAGGAUGAAUAAGAGGAAAAGGGAACGAAGGCUCAUUAGAAGGCGAGUGACAAAGGAAGCUAAGCUAAAAGUUUUAAGUACCUUCUUGUUUUCUCUUUUUUACAUCGGAAGGUUUAUUGAAAAGAAAGUAUCCCAACAUGUUGAAUACAAAGAUAGAAGAUCCUAUGGUCGCAGCUGCCCAUGGUCUAUGAGUAUGUUUUACUGUGUGGACAACUUGUUUAAAGAAAAAAGAAAACGGUGA